AUGCCGUCCGUGCCUCUCGACGAAUUUGUCAAGCACCACGACUUCGACCCGGAGCUGGUGGAGCGCAUCGCGGUGCGCAAAUUCCACCCCCCGGUGGCCAUCGUCGAGGCGGACCCGAGCUGGGCGGCGCACUUUGCGGCGGCCAAGGCGCGCAUCGAGGCAGCGCUCGGCGAUACGGCCGUGUCGGUCGCGCACGUCGGGUCGACCAGCCUGCCCGGGAUGCCGGCCAAGGCCAUCAUCGACGUGGACCUGACGGUGCGCGACGUGAGCGACGAGGCGGCGUACGUCGGGCCUUUGGAGCGCGCGGGCUUCCUGUUCUUGCUGCGAGAGCCACACUGGCACGAGCACCGCUUCUUCUGCCAGGGUGGCGAGCGCGGCGAGCAGUUCCCCGUCAACCUGCACGUCUGGGGGCCGGGCUGCCCCGAAACAGAGCGGCACCGCAUCUUUCGCGACUGGUUACUCAAGUCGCCCGACGACUUUGCGCUGUACGCGCGUGUGAAGGGCGAGGUCGCCGAGGUGUCGGCGCGCAACGGCGAGAGCAUCAUGGAGUACAACCUGCGCAAGGAGCAGACGAUCCGGGAGAUUCUGGACCGGGCGUUUCGCGACCUGGGGUACGUGGAGUGA